CUUACAGGCAAAGGUUCAAGGGGCACUGCUAUAUUGCAACACGUUCAACCAUUCAGCGCUCCAGCAAUGGUUUCGGAGAGCACCCCACUGCUGUCACGUACAGUUCCUUCCCCAUUUCUUUGGAGGUCUGGCGCAAUUCUAGUGGCCACUGGCAUGAUUGUUGAUGCAUUCGGCACACACACGUUGCGGCGUCGCCCUGGGAUCACUGUCGACAAUCUCAACGCAUGGCGCACAGCGGCCAACUACGCGAUCAUAAAUGGGCUAGGCCUUUUGCUUGUAUCCAUGCAUCCCAGAUUCUCUACCCAUCGCUUCGCUGGAUAUGCUAUCCUCGGGGGUAGCGCGGUGUUCUCUGGUAGCAUCAUGGCCCUUGUUCUGUGGAAGAACGUGAAAUUCCUAGGUCCCAUAACACCUCUUGGUGGCAUGAUGAUGAUUGCUGGUUACGCCGCGUUGGCAUUCUGACAUGCAUUUACACUGUCUUCGGAGUGCUUCAAAUGGGUAUUAGUUAGCCUUGCAUAAUAAUAUUGUGAAGAAGUCUUCCUCACGUGACUGACGCGUCGAGGACGAGACGUGUCAACUCCGCUUAAAAUUGACGACAAUAAGCGGGUGUCCCUUCACACCGCCCUUUUCUG